CAAGCUCGGAAGGGAUUAAUCACUGCAACCGAUCCGAGCUUUUUCCGACGACAGACCCAUUACAUAACCGCGUUAUACAACAAAUACUUCCCCAACAUAACCGUAAACAGUGACACGAGAGGGGAAGUUUGCUUUAAAUUGGGGAUUACGCGCUCCUUUGGCGUAUUUUGGUGCUUGUGCAUGGACAGGACGCUUGCAUCACCAUCAUCAUCUGUCCCAGCUGACAACGCACCGAUCUGUGGUCCCAUCCUCUCCCUGCUCUUCCUCUUCCUCCUCCUUCUCUGAAGCGGAUGGAAAUAAGAGUCAAGGUCCAGUAGGAGUCUGGCUGCAAAAGACGCGCCCACUCUUGUCUACGUUGCGCACGUCUUGGGAAAGGAAAGUAUUCGAUAGUCGGCUGCAGUUCCACACUGAGAACGCACAGAGGAGUUUAAUGGGAAUACACACGGACAUCCUGUUUUACACAAACGCAUCUGAAGUCCAAACCACUGAGAGAUGGUUCUGCAUAGGAUUGUUCGUGCUGUUAUAAUGGGACCUCCGGGGUCUGGGAAGGGAACAGUGUCUUCACGGAUAACCAAAUGUUUCGGACUUACGCACAUCUCAAGUGGGGAUAUUUUGAGAGCCAACAUCAAUGCUAAAACUGAGCUUGGCCUGCUGAUGAAGUCCUGUAUCGAUCAGGGUCAGCUGGUCCCCGACGAUGUCAUAGCUCGUAUCAUCCUGAAGGAUCUGAAAUCACUUGAGCAAGGCAGCAGCUGGCUGCUCGAUGGUUUCCCUCGUACAGUGUCCCAGGCGGAGUCUCUGGAUGACGCCCACAGUGUGGACACAGUCAUCAACCUUAAUGUGCCCUUCCAGACCAUCAAACAGAGACUCACCUCCCGCUGGACUCACCUCCCCAGCGGCAGAGUCUACAAUGUCGAUUUCAACCCACCUAAAGUCCCUGGUUUUGAUGAUGUGACAGGGGAGCCUCUGGUCCAGAGGGACGAUGACAAACCAGAGACGGUAACACGGAGACUGAAAGCCUAUGAGACUCAGACUGAACCUGUCCUGGAGUACUACAGAAGUAAAGGUGUGUUGGAGACCUUCACUGGGACAGAAACCAACAAGAUCUGGCCACACAUUGAGGCUUUUCUUCAGAAAAAGUUCUCCAUGUGUAACCAAAACCUAGCCUAAAAACAUCAUGACUUGAGAAAUGUUUACCAGCUGAAACCACUCUCCACAUGGUCCAGUCCCAGAGUCACAGUGAUAGAGCGAUAAUGUUCAGGAUGAGGACCAAGUAAGUACUGUUUAUCUUAUGAAGCAAGAGUAAAAGCACAGUUGGUGGGAAAACUCCAAAACUUUUCACAUUGCACUAUUUCGUAUGUUGAAAAAUUAGGAUGAGGACAUGAACUUCUGCAAAAUUGUAUUUUCAUGUUAUUCAUCCAGAGUUUCACUUUGUGCCUUCACAGGCGAGACAAUUUCAGUGCAUGUCCUUAAGGAGAGUUAUUUAUCAAUAUUGUUUUAAUUUUUUUCAUUUUCUAGUCAUAAACAUGAGGGGUAUUGUCUUGAGCAGUAACACUCCAGAUGAUUUUUUUUUUUUUUUUUUUUUAACACUAGUGAGAGAAUGUGUGCUAAAAAAAAUGCCUUGUUAGAUCUUUUUCUGGGCAACAUUGUUCCUGUUGUAGUUGCCCUAAAGGGAAAUGUGCUAUGUGUUCAACAAAUUACUGUAAAUUUACUUUUGGAUAGAAGUGCCUUUAGCUGCUUUUCAAAAAUAAUCAGGUAGCUCAGAGAAUGUAGUUUGUAGCUACGUGAACAAUGAGCAUCUAAAAGUGAUAAAAUAAUGUAUUAAGUGAUCACAUUUAUCGAACCUAGCCUCUGCGUCAUGACUCCAUUGUUUCACCUUUAAAGUCUUAAGAAAGUUGCCUACAAAAUAAGAUGUAACCAUGUCUAUAUGUGUAUACAGAUAUUUGCCUUUUAAUGUGACUUAAUUUAAAAUUUAUUCAGGGCUAUAAUUUAAAAAAAAUAUAUUUUCUGUAGUUCAGUUUUUGCACUUUUGUCUGAAAAGAAUCACCACAUUAAAAGCCACAUUAACCUG